AGAAGAGGGAGGGGAGAGAGAGAGAGAGAGAGAGAGAGAGAGAGAGGCCAGCGAGAAAGACUUUGUCAGAGAAAGGCAUAAAGCCAUCGGAGUAAAAGAGAAAGGGAAGCUCGACUCUGUGUGUGUGUGUUUGUGAAGACAGCUGCAAAAGGAAGAUGCUGUGGAGUUUGUUGGCAGUGACGGUGGUUACAGCAGCUGUCCUGUACGUCCUCUAUCGCUGGAUCAUUCCUGCAGCUGUGCAGAGCAGCGGUUGGCUGGCACUCCUCUGGCACGAUGUCAUCCUUAAGCGCCUCCUUGACAUCAUGACGGGAUCAACGCAACCUCAGCGCAUGCUGGAAGCCGUUCAGAAGAAUGCCACAAAAGGAGACCCUGAAAGCGUCUUCUCAGCCAUUGACUAUUACUGCCGGCACAAAGAAUGGGCCAUGAAUGUGGGCGAUGAAAAAGGGCUCAUACUGGAUUCGGUGUUGACGGAGGUAAACCCCAGCAUAGCUCUGGAGCUCGGCACAUACUGCGGCUACUCCACGGUUCGGAUCGCUCGACUUCUGUCUCCUGGCUCCAAACUCAUUACAGUCGAAUUCAACCCAGCCUUUGCAGCAGUUGCUCGUCAGAUCAUUGCCUACGCAGGCGUUCAGGACAAGGUUACACUAGUGGAGGGACCCUCUGGUGACUUAAUCCCCAAAAUGAAAGAACGAUUUGGAAUCAAAUCCUUUGAUUUUGUGUUUCUGGACCACUGGAAAGAUCGUUACGUACCAGAUACUAAACUUCUCGAGGACUGUGGUCUACUCCGGAAAGGCACUGUCCUGUUGGCUGACAACGUCAUUUGUCCCGGAGCUCCAGAGUAUCUUAAAUAUGUGAGGAACAGCCCACGCUAUGAAAGCCGAUACUUCAAAUCCAACCUGGAGUACAGCAAAGUCGAAGAUGGCCUGGAGAAAUCUGUCUUCUUAGGAUGAGAAAGGUCAAGCAGCUGUACAUGAAAACAUGGUUGCACAAGGGGAAAAAGAACAAGCCACUUGUGAACUUGUGAGACAAACUGAUGUUUCGUCCUUCAGAACCCACUUACCACAAUGUAAUGCUGUGAAAUCUCCUUAAAUACACAAUUUCUGCUGAGCUAUGAUUUAAGACAUUCUACAACACAACCUACAGAUAUACUGUAUUGGAUUCUUCAGGAGAGUGAUUGUAUUGUUUGAUAAAGCUAUGAAAUUAAGUCUCUUAAAAAAUCUUGUUUUCCUAAGUAAAGAAUGUCACAGGGGUACUUCAAUGUUUUUCAGUACAAAUAUCUAAACACUUUACUUUAACUUGAGAAGCAAAAUGACAAUUGUGUUUUGAUAGACAAUUGUGUUGUUUUGCAAAAAAAAGUGUUUCAUGAAAUUAUGAAAACUGAGUCGAAGGCUGAUAAAUAAGUGCAUGGUUUUGCAGAUUUGGUGUUAAUUCUGUUUGAGUGACAGCUUUCAGAAUCUGUAAUCUGUAAGUAAAGAUUUAAUGUGUAAGCAUUUGAUAAAAACUGUAACAUCCCU